CUCCUCCCUCAUUCUCGGGGGACCCCUGCCGGCUCGGGCAGGGUUCGCGCCCACAGGGUCCCGAGCCCUCCUCCUCGCCCCUGCCCGGGGGCUCCUCCGGGCCGCCCGCGCUGACUCAGCGUAAGCCGAGUCGCGGAGGGCGGCGGGGUCAGACGCGCCCGCCCCCGGCUCCCUGGCUCCACUUUGAUUGCCCCCUCCCUCUCCUCCGCCCUCCAGCCGCCCCGCUCCGCCCCCCGGGUGGGGUGCCGGGCCCCGAGCUGGCGGCGCUGCGGAGCGGCCGGAGGGCGCGAGGAGGAGCGCGCGGCGGAGCACGGGCGCAGCAUGACUGCCAUCGCGGUGCAGGCCCAGAGGCUGCUGGCCCGGCGGCGGCCCCAGCGGCCCUUCUUGGAAUCCUUCAUCCGGGUCCUCAUCAUUGUGUGCGCCGCCCUGGCCCUGGUCCUCUCCUCCGUCUCCAUCUGCGAUGGCCACUGGCUGCUGGCUGAGGACCGCCUCUUUGGGCUCUGGCACUUCUGCACUUCCUCCAACCAGACGGGGCCACGCUGCCUCAGAGACCUGAGCCAGGCCCACGUGCCCGGGCUGGCCGUGGGCAUGGUCCUGGCCCGCAGCGUGGGCGCCUUGGCUGUGGUGGUCGCCAUUUUGGGCCUGGAGCUCCUCAUGGUGUCCCAGGUGUGUGAAGACCUCCACUCACGGCGCAAGUGGGCUGUGGGCUGUGUCCUCCUCCUCGUCUCUUUCAUCCUCUCGUCCGGGGGGCUCCUGAGUUUCGUGAUCCUCCUCUGGAACCAGGUCACGCUCAUUGGUUUCACCCUGAUGUUCUGGUGCGAGUUCACGGCCUCCUUCCUCUUCUUUCUGAAUGCCAUCAGCGGCCUUCACGUCAACAGCAUCACCCAUCCCUGGAGCCAACCAAGGAAGUUUUAGGCCUCCCUCCUAAAUCCGAGGACGUCAGGUUCUACAAGAAAGUGUGGUCAAGGCGGGACUUUUUCAACACGUGACCUCUGAUGGGGGUAGGGGUGGGACCGUGACCUUGAAACUGCUGCUGCUUAGUCCGUAACAUUUUGGUGGUUGGCCAGAACCAGCCCAGUGGCCUUUGCAGCUGGCCUGCAGAGGCCAGGAGCGUCCCUAGUGCCACCAGCUGCACAGCCUUAGCCAAGUUAUUAGAAUGUUGAUUUUAGAAGUUAACACAUUUUAAAACUCUUUUCUUGAAUCCUUCUUCCCAGAUGGGACUAGAUUAGGAAGCAGCUUGGGUGACUGGUGCCUGGGCUGGCUGCACAGCUAAGUGAAGUUCACCCUUGUUUUAUUGACUGUGUGCCAGGAUAGGGGCAGGUGGGUCCCUGGGAUCCCCUGGGGUUGCCCAGAGCAGAUCAUUCUUCCAGCUAAGCAUAUCCAGUCAGUGCCUAGGACUUUCUUCCACCAGCCCAAAGGACCUCUGUGCACCUUUCCUUGCUAUAGCUUUGGUCAUGUUAUUGAGGAUUCCCUCAAUGUCUUGCACAUAAUAGGUUUUUAAACCCUUUGACUUGAUUUGAACCCUGCCUUUGCGGUGGGGGUGGGGGGGGGCAUAAUCCAUGAAUAACCUCAGCUGCCAGCAGCCGGUCAUCUCUGCUGUCUGUGGGAAUCCUGCCUUAAUUCUUCGAACCAGCUUCCCAGGAUGGCCCACCAACCUUCCAAUACACAGUCCUCCCUGAGGCGA